AAAAGAUUACAGCCGUUGAUCUUUUCCCCCUCUUCAAUAUAAACUUCUUCAUAGGCUUCACUUCUUCGCACCCACUCGCUUCACUCUCCAACUACUCUCUCGAUCAAUUUUCAGAUUUCUUCAGUUGCCUUCCCGAUUUUAAAGAAAAAAUGAGAGAAAUCCUGCACAUUCAAGGUGGACAAUGUGGAAACCAGAUCGGAUCAAAGUUCUGGGAAGUUGUCUGUGAUGAACAUGGAAUUGAUCCUACUGGACGCUAUGUUGGAACCUCAGAUCUGCAGUUGGAACGUGUUAAUGUGUAUUACAAUGAAGCGUCAUGUGGGAGAUUUGUUCCACGUGCAGUUCUCAUGGAUCUUGAGCCUGGCACGAUGGACAGUGUGAGGACUGGUCCUUAUGGCCAGAUUUUUAGGCCUGAUAACUUUGUUUUCGGUCAAUCUGGUGCUGGAAACAAUUGGGCCAAGGGACAUUACACUGAGGGUGCUGAGCUUAUUGAUUCUGUUCUAGAUGUUGUCAGGAAGGAGGCUGAGAAUUGUGACUGUCUUCAAGGAUUCCAAGUGUGCCACUCACUUGGUGGAGGAACAGGUUCUGGAAUGGGCACCUUGCUGAUCUCAAAGAUCAGGGAGGAAUACCCUGAUCGCAUGAUGCUCACAUUCUCUGUGUUCCCAUCACCAAAGGUUUCAGAUACGGUGGUUGAGCCAUAUAACGCUACCCUUUCAGUGCAUCAGCUUGUUGAAAAUGCUGAUGAGUGUAUGGUGCUUGACAAUGAAGCUUUAUAUGACAUCUGUUUCAGGACUCUCAAGCUUACCACACCCAGCUUUGGAGAUUUGAACCACUUGAUUUCUGCUACAAUGAGUGGGGUUACUUGCUGCCUUAGGUUCCCGGGUCAAUUGAACUCUGAUCUUCGGAAGCUUGCUGUUAACCUGAUCCCUUUCCCUCGUUUACACUUCUUCAUGGUUGGGUUUGCUCCUCUCACUUCUCGUGGUUCACAGCAAUACCGUGCAUUAACAGUCCCGGAGCUGACUCAGCAAAUGUGGGAUGCCAAGAACAUGAUGUGUGCUGCUGAUCCACGUCAUGGUCGUUACCUCACUGCCUCAGCCAUGUUCAGGGGUAAAAUGAGCACUAAGGAAGUCGAUGAGCAGAUGAUUAAUGUUCAGAACAAGAACUCUUCUUACUUUGUUGAAUGGAUUCCAAACAAUGUAAAAUCCAGUGUCUGUGACAUCCCACCCAGAGGUCUCUCAAUGGCAUCCACCUUCAUUGGAAACUCAACUUCCAUUCAGGAAAUGUUUAGGAGGGUGAGCGAGCAGUUUACUGCUAUGUUCAGGAGAAAGGCUUUCUUGCAUUGGUACACAGGGGAAGGAAUGGACGAAAUGGAGUUCACAGAAGCUGAAAGCAACAUGAACGACCUUGUGUCUGAGUAUCAGCAAUAUCAGGAUGCCACUGCUGAUGACGAAGGUGAAUACGAGGAGGAGGAAGAGUACGAUCAUGAAGGCAACUGAAGAAAGACAGAUUAUUAUAUGUGGUGUAAUAUGUUUCUGAUCGCCCAGAGAUAUAUAAGCAGUUUUUUUCUUGUAUGUUGCAUCUUUGCGUACACUUUGCUGUGAAGUCCAGCUAGUUUUGGGCUUACGUAGUUUAUCAGGAGUGAAUGCUGGAGAGUGAGGAGCGUGGGUUUCAAGUUGUAAUACUGCUAUCUGUUUCUGCUUAAAUAUUUGUUAUCUUUUUCUUUUUGUGGUUAAUAUUCUCCAUUAUGCCAUUACAAGGUUCGUACCUUUCAGCCA